UGUUGGAUGCAAUAUUCCAAAAAUGGCGACUGGGUGCUUCCAGAAACUUACGUGAAUUGUAAUUGACUGCUGCUGAGGAUAUACGUACAGUGGGAAGUGCCUGGCCUUUUUUUAGUACAUGUCUAUUGUGGGUCUGCAUUCUGUUGGUCUGUGUAUCGUCUGGAUGAACAUCAUACACUUAGUUACCUCACAGCGUGAAGCCUCACCUACCCUCAAACGCCUUCAGGAAGAAUGCUCACCACCUGGGAGCUCCAAAUGUCCUGUCUCAGUCCCAAAAAGCGAGCUCAAAGAGCGGCUAUCGCCCACGCAGUACCGAGUUACUCAGCAGCGUGGGACAGAAAGAGCAUUCUCUGGGAAAUACUACAAGCAUAGUGACGAAGGACUCUACCACUGUGUUGUAUGUGGAAACCCUUUAUUCGCCUCGGACACAAAGUUUGACUCCAAAUCUGGAUGGCCAUCCUUCUCCGAUGUCUCAAAAAGUGACAGUGUGAAACUAAUGACUGAUAUGUCACAGGGUCAGCGACGGAUUGAGGCUAUGUGUAGUCAGUGUGGAGCUCACCUAGGACAUGUGUUUGACGAUGGACCAAAACCUAUGUGUGUCCGCUACUGUGUUAACUCAGCCUCCCUGGAAUUCAAAAAACACACAACUGUUUGAUCAAUGUGGGCACCAACAAUCCCACAACUGUUUCUUCAAAUUCAGGGAUGUGAUGUCAUUUCAAUGAAUGUUAAAAUCUCUCCAAUUUGUUUGGUCAAAUUAAAAUAAGAAAAAAGCAAAGUCAAUAUUGGUGAGAUAUUGUGUAUUCACUAAUGAAUUUCACUAAAACUGUUAUGCAACUGGUGUUAAACUCUAAAAAAAAAAUGAAUAUGUAUUUAUAGAUAUAUUGACCUGAAAAAAUCUAAUGUAAAUAUACCAUAUAUUGUUAAAGGUAUUAUUCAAUGAAAUAAUGUCUUAUUGUGAUGAUAUUCAAAAGUACAAAUGUACACUUAAACACUACAUUAGAUAGACACUUAUUACAGAGAAACAUUAAUAACAACAUAUGUAGCAGCAGUAUUUUUAUUUUUUAAAUGAAAUUUAUUAUGUAACUUGAGCUCUUGGAGCAAAAUCACUAAAAAAUGUUUCCUGUCUGGGGAAAAAUAGGAUGCAGAAAAGUUUAGAAGAUAUUUUUCAGCAUUUUAAGCUCAACUGGUACCUAUAUACAUUAUAAGGUCUCCACAUAGUUUUAAGGUCUGUUUGCUACAUCCUUCUUAUUAUUUAUCAUGUUCAGAAAGACACAUAAACAGAAUUGUGUAGUUCAAUGUUAAAGUGUUACCAGUAACAUACAGAGGAAUAAUACUUGGAUGUAGUACCAUACUGACAGGUAUGUGAUCUUUUAACCUGGGUUUACAUACCCAGGGUAGAUGGCUUUAGAUUAUAUACAUGUACAGCUGGUAUGACAUGUUUGAUCUAUUUACAAUAAAGUGAUCUUGUAAUGUAAAAAGUUAAAGGCCUAUUCCACUAUCAUUUUUAGGCUAAAAAAUGGCCCCUUUCUGCUCUAAGUGGCCUCAUUUGAAAUGGAAACGUUUUUGUAUUAAAAUGUCCAAUCUGUCUAAAUAGAGCACUAAAUAAAUCAUGACAAAAAUCUUCAAAUGAAUUGAAAAUUCUGGUUCCUUCGAUUUGGAAACCACAUUUAUAGCAUCGUAAUGAUGACAGCUCUUUAGCCCUAGACUGCAUCUACUUUUGUCACUAGUGGCAGUGACAGAAGACAUAUUUAAUGACUUCCAUAAAAAUAUCAUUAUAUGUGUGCUCUUUGUGUAUAUGUAAUUAUAAAAUGGACAUCUGGGCUUUCUAUUAUCAUUUUUUAUAUCUAACUAUGAGCAGGAAUGUCAGUGUCACUGUAAUGGUCAGUUUUAGCAGUGGUCACCUCUUAGAGGUAGUCUAGUGUAAGUCAGGCCAUUGAAAUAAGUUAUCUGGUUUUAGUUUGUCUAUAUUUGUGGAUAAAGUAAUUCGAAGAAGAAGUAUGAUACAGGGGUUUGUGAUAGGUGUCUGGAUGUGUUACACCAAGGGCCUGUUUGUUUAUGCGGAACAACCGGUUUGACCGUUUAUAAAUGUAACAAUUUCGGGUAUAAAUCCUGGCGG